GAUAGGUGGCGCGUGGUGCUAGAAGGUCUCGCGCCUGUUUAUGUUGCAGGGAAAAAAACGGUGACAGGCUCCGGCGGGAGGCGGCUCUCAGACCGCUCUGAUACCGGAUCAGUCCCGACCUGCCGCCCGGACCGACGCUCCGCUGCCCGGCCGCGGCGCUGCUCCAACACCGGGACUCACCGGGACUCACCGGGACCCCGUCCAGGUCUCUGUCAUAUUCCAGGGAGGGGGUGCACGCGCCGCCGCCGCAGCAGCAACAGCACUUCUCCUCUUCCUCGCGGCUCGUGCGGUUCAGCGGGAGGACUCGCGGAGCCUCUCCGGCAGGGAGCGGGGAGGAGCGGCGGAGCGGAGCCGGAUCGAGGAGCCCAUGCGGACUGGACUGACUUAUCAAUGAAGCAGGAGAUCAUGGCGGAGGGUCCCCGCUGCAAGAGGCGAAAACAGGCCAACCCCCGGAGGAAGAACGUGUUGAACUAUGAGAACGUGGUGGAGACAGGUUCGGAGACGGACGAGGACGACAGGACUCUGGUCUCUGAGGACGGUGGCCUCGCUAACGGAGGAGGUGUUGGAGGAGCAGCAGGGGAGGAUGAGGAGGUGGGCAGCCCAGCCGGGGUUCCCACUCUGGAGGCAUCGCCCCGUGUCGCCCAUGCCCUGCUGUCGUACCGGGGCCAGGAGGGCUCAGAGGGCCGGGACGGACUACAGAACCACCACCACCAUGGCUGGAGGCUCGGAGACGACUCCAAUGGACACUUGAAUGGAAACGAUGACAGGAAGGACGAGUAUGAACCUCUGGGUCCGGAGGCGUCACUGCACGCCGUGGGAAAUGGUACAGUGAGGCGACUGGAAGGUGUCUCUGAGCUGGACGAGUACUUUCUGAAGCGUAAACUGGAGGAGGGCGAUGGUCACCCUGCGACCAUCGCCGAGUACCUGCAGCGCAGCGACACCGCCAUCAUUUACCCAGAAGCCCCGGAGGAGGUGACGAGGCUGGGAACGCCCGAGGCCAUCGGUCAGGACGAGAGCGAGCACGAACUGCCGCCCGGCACACCGGACGACUUUGCCCAGCUGCUCACCUGUCCGUACUGUGACCGUGGCUACAAACGGCUGACGUCUCUGAAGGAACACAUCAAAUAUCGUCACGAGAAGAACGAGGAGAGCUUCACCUGCCCGCUGUGCGCCGACACCUUCAGCCACCGCACGCAGCUGGAGCGUCACAUGACCACACACAAACCUGCCAGAGACCAGCCACCACUGCUCAACGAGGAAGCUGGAAACCGCAAGUUCAAAUGCAGCGAGUGUGGAAAAGCCUUCAAAUACAAACAUCACCUGAAGGAGCAUCUUCGUAUUCACAGUGGUGAGAAGCCAUACGAGUGCUCCAACUGUAAGAAGCGAUUCUCCCACUCCGGCUCCUACAGCUCCCACAUCAGCAGCAAGAAAUGCAUUGGCCUCAUCGCCCUCAACGGACGAGUACGUAAUGGAAACAACAGCAAGCCCAGCUCGUCCCCCAACUCCACGACCUCAUCGCCGGGGAGCCCCGCCCUCGCCCAGCUCCGCCACAAACUGGAAAAUGGGCGACCGCUCGGCCCUCCAGAUCAGCAGAGUCAGCUUGACAUCAAAGCCGAGCCUAUGGACUUCAACGACUACCGGCUGCUGAUGGCCUCCCAGCACGGGUUUGGAGGACCGGGAGUUUAUCUGAACGGCCGUGGUGGAAGCCCCCUGGGCAUCCACAGUUCCUCCCAGAGUCCCCUUCAACACCUGGGAGGCAUGGGGCUCGACCUCCCCCUGCUGGGCUACACAGGGCCUCUUGGGAACAACCUGAGUGAAGUUCAGAAGGUGCUUCAGAUCGUGGACAACACGGUGUGCAGGCAGAAGAUGGACAGGAAUCCAGAGGAGAUCUCCAAGCUCAGGGCUUACAUGAAGGAGUUAGGGGCUCAGAUGGAGGAGCAGAAGCUGGCCCAGGCUGGCUUCCAGGUGGUGGGCCACAGCAGCCCCACAAAAAGUAUCAUCGACUACACACUGGAGAAGGUCAACGAGGCCAAAAGUCUGAUUGACGACUCCAAGAGGCAAGUGGACGUCAAGAAGGAGAAACCAAACCACUCAGCGGACCUCAGCGGGGAGGAAAAACCCCACGAUGGCCAGAACCAGUUCCUGCCGUUCUCCUGCCAGUACUGCAAGGAGACUUUCCCUGGGCCCAUCCCGCUGCAUCAACAUGAGCGCUACCUGUGCAAAAUGAAUGAGGAGAUCAAAGCGGUCCUGCAGCCAGCCGAGAGCAGUCCCGUUGGCCGCAGGGGGGCGAUGACCUCUGAGCUGCCAACUAACGAUAGGGCCACCAGUCCCAUCAACCCCUUCAAGGACCACGUGUCGGUGCUCAAGGCCUACUUUGCCAUGAACACUGAGCCAAACUCAGAGGAACUGCUUAAGAUUUCAAUUGCUGUCGGCCUUCCUCAGGAGUUUGUGAAGGAGUGGUUUGCCCAGUGGAAGAGCCAAAACCACCACGGAGGCAGUCUGAGGAAAAAGUCGCCCCCUCCUGACCGCAGCGGACCAGACAUCAAGCACAGCUUGAGCCGGUCACCAAUGUCGCUUCCUGCCGUAGAUUUACACGGAGGCUUCACUAAUGGUGACGCCUCCCACAGACUCACAAAAGCCAACCAGUUUACAGCCAACAGGCAGACAACAGGGGACAAACCACUAGACCCCUUGGACCACCUGAGGAGCAACACUCCAUCGCCGCUCAACCUUUCUUCUACUUCCUCCAAGAAUUCUCAGAGUAGCUCUUACACUCCAAACAGCCUAGCUUCUGAAGAUGCCCAUGGGGAUAUACCACUGGAUCUGUCACUGCCCAAACACAUGGCUCAGAGGCUCAUCGCUGUGGGAGAGAAGCGACCCAGGCCCAACGGUUUCAUCAACGAGCACAACGGAGAGGUGCAAGUACGAGAACAGGGGUCCGGGCCUUUAGACCUGGUCAACAUCAAGAAGGAGGUUCUGGGCUCUGAUGGUGGAGGGCUGGAGAAAAGCACCAGUCCUAUCUUUGGGAUUAAUCCUUUCGCUAGCGGCCCUGUCUACACCUCCCUGCCACCUCAUGGAGCGUUUCCCCCACCCACCUUCAUGUCUCCUGCCCAGGCCACCAUCCCAGGCCUCAGGCCCUACCCUGGCCUUGACCCCAUGAGCUUCCUGCCCCACAUGGCCUACACCUAUGCUACUGGGGCAGCCACAUUUGCUGAAAUGCAGCAGAGGAGAAAGUACCAACGGAAACCAGGUUUCCAGGGGGAGCUGCUGGACGGGACGGCGGACUAUCUGUCAGGCCUGGACGACCUGACAGACAGCGAUUCGCUGCUCUCCAGGAAGAAGAUUAAGAAGACUGAAAGUGGUAUGUACGCGUGUGACUUGUGCGACAAAACAUUCCAGAAGACCAGUUCCCUCCUAAGACACAAAUAUGAGCACACAGGUAAACGUCCUCACCAGUGUCAGAUCUGUAAGAAGGCCUUCAAACACAAACACCAUCUCAUCGAGCACUCGCGCCUGCACUCUGGAGAGAAACCCUACCAGUGCGACAAGUGCGGCAAGCGCUUCUCGCACUCGGGCUCGUACUCGCAGCACAUGAACCACCGCUACUCGUACUGCAAGAGGGAGGCCGAGGAGCGCGAGGCGGCCGAGAGGGAGGCACGGGACAAGGGCGGCGGAGGAGGAGGUGUGGUGGUGGGAGGUCUGGAGCCCACUGAGCUGCUGAUGAGGAGGGCCUACCUGCAGGGGCUGGGGCCACUUGGGUACUCGGAUCCUGAGGACCAGCAGGAGGACGGAGGUGGCAGUGGCAGCGGCGGUACGAUCCUGAGGGACGGCAGCGAGGGAGCAGGAGGAGGACGGGAGAAGACGGAAGUGGACAACAAGACGUAUGAGGAGGUGACAGACAGACAGGAGGCAAGUUUCAGGGAAGGAGAGGAGGAAGAAGAGGAGGAGGAGGAAGAGGAGGAAGGUGACAGCAGGAGCCAGAUGGACUCGACGAGGGACGAGGAGGGCAAAGACACGACGCAGCUGAUGGAUGAGAGUUCACGAGAAGGGAAGACAGACGGCAAGUCGGACCAGAAGGACUGAUCCAGAACAUGUAAAAUCACAAAAAAACAAAAGAGAGAAAAAAGCUUUCGAACAUUUGUCCUGUUGGCGCGAUUCAGCUUCUCCUGUUUCAGAAAGAAGAUCCUUUAUUGUGAAGGGGCUGUACAGAAAUUAUCAGGGUGGAGGGGCAGUCCGCGAGGAGGGAGGAUUUAUCCAUUCAUCUUACACCAAUUUUACAUUAAAUUUUGGUAUUUUAUUCAGUUAAUUCUCUCUCUCUAAGAAAAUAAUGUCUGAGCCCGUGGAUUUAUCCGGUUACAGUAAAAAAAAAUUAACAUGAAACUAUCUAUAAAGCUAUCAACAUUUGGUUUAUUUAGACACUAAAUUUAAAAAAGAAAAGGCUAGAAUCGUGUUCAUCAUCCAACUGCAAAGCUCAUGAUUUUAUCAAAAAGUCAACUAAAAGGAGUCAUUCUUAAAUCUGGUUCACACUCCGUAUAAAGCUCUUUUUUACCGUUAGCUAACAUGUCAGACACUGCUAUUGCCAACCUUUGUUAACAAAAGAUUAAUGUGAUUAUUCACGACUCAGCAACAACAGGACUAAGGCCAAAAUUUCAUAGGAGUUCAGUAAUUUUUUACAAACUGUUGUGAACUUGUACUACUACUGUGGACACUUGUUCCGCCGUUAGCAACUGAGCUAACAAGUUUAUUAACUGACUGUUAGCAAGUUCAACUAAACUAAAAUGCUAGAAGUGACUAGAUCAGAGAGGUUGUGACUAAAUUUUGCUAAUGGUUAGCUAGCAGUUAGCCCUACGUGAGUACCCAGCAUGGUUCCUUACAAUCAAAUAUUUUGUAAUGACUCAUUAAUAGUUUAAAGGCUUACUGAAAGGUUUAGCUGAAAUAUGUUUGAUUUAGAAAAAAAAACUUGUAUAAUUUAUCUCCAUAUUAAUUUAUCGAAUCAGAUAAAGUUCCAAGAGAGAUGGAUACUGUAUAGUGCUAACAGUUAGCUAGCAGUUAGCCCUGCAAGUGUUCCGAUUACUGUCUCUACGACCAAAUAUUUUGCAUUAACACAUUAAUUCAUAAUUUAAAGGCCUUAAAGUUUUAGCUAAAAUCAUUUGAUCUAGAAAAAACACAUUUAAAAAUAGAACUUAUCUCUUAAUUUUUUGAUUUGGACUAAUAGUCCCAAACCCACAUCUUUUCAAUUUGUUAUCGUGUGACAGUUUUUAGCAUUUGGGUUUUUCUGCUGAUUGUCUGAUUCAAUUGAAUAAUCACUGCAGCUCUACUCUGCUGUACGUCAGUGUUUCAGAUGUGAAAUUGUAUUUAAGCUUUUAGAUCACAGAUUGAACCUGAUGAUUUGAAAAGUCACAAAUUCUUUGUGUUUAGUUGAACACCACAUGUUGACAACCUGUUCUGCUUAUCAGUUGACCCUGAAGCUUUAUCUAUCCACAGUUUAAUAAAGGUGGUAAAAGAAAAUACUAAUAUCUCUGGGGAGGGUUUUUUAAAUUCCCUUUAGUCUCUAAACCCUAAAUCAUUUUUGUACAGCCUCUAACUGGAGAUACAACACGAUGACCGUCAACGACCUGUCAUGAAGCUGGGUGGGAUUGUUUAAAAAUCCACAUUAUGCAAAAAAAGAAAAAAAAAAUAAUGAAAUAAAAGAAGAAGUAAUAAUGAUUAUCAUUAUAAUGAAGUGAAGCUGUUUUAAUGUACAGUAUUAUAAAGGCCUAAAAGCUGUGUGGUGCUAUAAUGUUCUUAACUUCUUGUAUCUUGUUGUGUUUGAAACCCCACAUCAGGAAAUUGCACUCGACUCCCCGAAUCACUACAAAAUAAUUUUAAAAAAUAAAUAAAAAAAAUAAAGAGGGAAUAAAGCCUCCAAUACUUGGUCACAUUCUGUCAGUGUUAUUGUUGUAUUUUUUUGUCGUUUUAUUUACUGUGACGUUUUUUUUUAUUUUUUAUCCUGUUUUAUUAUUUUUGCCAACUAACCACACGAUUUUGGGCCUCCUGAUUUUUUUGUUUUUUUGUUUGUUUGUUUGUUUGUUUUUCUAUAUGUGAAGGAACAUUUAAACCUGUGUGAUUUUCAAAUUAAAAUGUUGAUGUGAGUCUUAAAAAGGAGAGAGGAAAGGAGCGGGAAUAUGAAAGGGCUCAGUUUUAAAAAAAGAUAAUGAAAAUAAAAAAGGACAGAGCCUUUUUGUGUGUGUUUUUCUCCAGAGAAAGCCUUAUUAUAUGCAAACCUUUUCACCUGUGCGUUUCUGCAAAGUGCCAUCCCUGUACAGUGUACAUCACCUGUGUCCUCUCUGCUCUGCUUCAGUAUUAAAAUGAAUAUUUCAUCCUGUUUUUGAUUCGUCAGUAUUAGCAUAGAUAGACGGCAGUUUGUUAGUUUACAUAUGUUUGUGCAAUUUCUGUACUUUUUGUUCCAUGACAGUAUUUUUUGUCAGUAUUACUUUUUGUUGAAUUUUCCAACACAAAUUUCUUUUUUGUUUUUAUUUGAGAAUUUACCAUUUUAUUUAUGUGACUCAUUUUAUAUUUCCUAAUUUUAUUUAUUUCAUACUGUAGUGUACAGUAUUAGAGUUCCUCACAAAUAGAUAUAUUUUAGUAAAAAUGAUUCUGUCAUUGACUAUUGGAGCAAAAAUAUGAAUAGAGAGCGUUUAUGGUAUUUGGAAAAUUUCAAUUUUUCAUUUUGUUUUUUUUUUAUUUCCUUUGAAACUACUGGAAAUUCUAAAUUUGGGGAACUUUUGAUACAAUGAUUAUUGUGAAAACACUGUAUUUUUGAGAGUUAAAAAAAUCCACUUUAUUCAUCCCAGUGAAGAGGUGACGAAGGACUGAUGAUGAUGAUGAUGAUGAUGAUGAAGGAAUUCCUGAAAUGUCUGAAGUAUUAUUAUUGAAUUUUUAAUUUCUCUUGGAAAUGACCAUGCUCGAAUAAAUGUAGCCAAAUUAAAUUUUAAUAAAGCUGUGUUAUUCUUCUUGUAAA